UUCUCAGAGAAGCUCUGCUGCUGCCGCAUCACCCACUCGUCUAACUCUUGGUCUAUUUCAUUUGAGUGUCUCAAUUGGUCCCCACAGCAGGUUUCACCAUGACAACGUUUGACUUCUCGGAUAUAGAGGCGUUUUUGGACUGCCACCCAGAUCUCUUCGAGGAGUACUUGGUUCGGAAGGCGAAAUGUGAGCAAGUUAGCAGAUGGCUGAAGGAGCAUCCGCCGUCUAAAGUGCCCACAGCGGAGGAGAAGCGCGGCGCUGCCAGGGACCCACUCUGGCCGACCAACCCAGACGGGCUCCGGCGCAGAUCGUCCCACAUGGAGCUGCGACGCAACUUCGCCCGGUCCAAAGCCACCACCACACACCGGACCUACGACGAGCAUGUGAGCCUGAUCGAACACGAGUCCCAGUCCAGCAUGAGGCGCCGUGCGCUCCUGCGUAAAGCCAGCUCCCUUCCUCCUACCACCGCGCACAUCCUGAGUGCCCUUCUGGAGUCCAGGGUCAACGUGCCCCAGUACGCCUCCAGCGCCAUCGACUACAAAUACAGACUCAAGGAAACCAACGAGAGGGAGUUUUUCUUGGAGUUGGUGAAGGAUAUCUCUAACGACUUGGACCUGACAAACCUCAGCUAUAAGAUCCUGAUCAAUGUGUGUAUCCUGGUGGAUGCGGACAGGUGUUCUCUUUUCCUUGUGGAGGGACCCGCGCACAAGAGGACACUGGUGUCCAAAUUCUUUGAUGUGCACUCAGGCACCACUGUCAGACCAUCAUCCAGCACCCUAAACUCCAAUGAAGUGCAGGUGCCAUGGGGAAAGGGUAUCAUUGGAUAUGUGGCAGAGCAUGGAGAAACUGUAAACAUCCCAAACGCAUAUGAGGACCACCGCUUCAGUGAUGAGAUAGACAAGUUAACAGGCUACAAGACUCAGUCCAUCCUCUGUAUGGCCAUCUGUAACAGUGAUGGAGAGGUCAUAGGUGUUGUACAAGCAAUCAACAAAAAUCCCAUGGGCACUCCUUUCACUGAGGACGAUGAGAAGGUACUGCAGAUGUAUCUACCAUUCUGUGGAAUAUCGAUUUCCAAUGCCAAGCUGUUUUCGGAGUCUCGCAAGGAGUAUGAAAGGAGUCGGGCUCUGCUGGAGGUGGUGAACGACCUAUUUGAGGAGCAGACUGACCUGGAAAAGAUUGUCAGGAAGAUCAUGCAGCGAGCGCUGACCCUGCUGCAGUGUGAACGCUGCUCUGUGCUUCUCCUGGAAGACAGCGACUCACCUGUUGUGAAGUUCUCCAAGACGUUUGAGCUCAUGUCUCCCUUGUGCAACAUGGACCGUGACAUCAGCAUGGAGAAGCUAUCGUGUUCCGAUUGGCUGAUCAAUAACAGCAUUGCUGAGCUGGUGGCUUCCACAGGACUGCCGGUUAACAUCAGUGAUGUGUGUCAGGACCCACGCUUUGAUGCUGAGGCCGACCAGGCCUCAGGGUUUCACAUCAGAUCAGUGUUGUGUGUCCCUAUCUGGAAUAGAACUCAUCAGAUAAUUGGGGUCGCACAAAUUCUGAAUCGCCUAGACAGGAAGACAUUCAAUGAUGCGGAUCAGAGACUGUUUGAGGCUUUUGUGAUAUUCUGUGGACUUGGAAUCAACAACACUAUGAUGUACAACCAAGUGAAGAAGACGUGGGCCAAGCAGUCUGUCGCGCUGGAUAUGUUGUCCUACCACGCUACCUGUUCCAAGGUAGAAGUUGACAGACUCAAGGCAGCUAAGAUCCCCCUGAGCAGUGAGUUAGGCAUCGAUGAGUUUCACUUCAACGACUUCUCUUUGGACAAUGACGCCAUGAUCACCGCAUCACUCCGGAUGUUUCUGGAACUCGGUGUUGUCCAAAAGUUUAAAAUUGACUACGAGGUUCUGUGCCGCUGGCUUUUGACUGUGAGGAAGAACUAUCGAACUGUGGCGUAUCACAACUGGAGGCAUGCCUUCAAUGUGUCGCAGUGCAUGUUUGUUAUGAUCACAACAGCCAGUUUCCAGGAUGUCCUGUCAGAGGCUGAGAUACUGGCACUGAUGGUUGGCUGCCUGUGCCACGACUUGGACCACAGAGGCACCAACAACGCAUUUCAAGCCAAGACAGGUUCUGCUCUGGCUCUGCUGUACGGGACGUCAGCCACCCUGGAGCAUCAUCACUUCAACCAUGCGGUCAUGAUCCUACAAAGUGAGGGUCACAAUAUCUUUGCAAACCUCUGCUCUGAAGAGUACAGCAACAUGAUGCAACUAUUGAAGCAGGCUAUUCUCUCCACAGACCUUACUUUGCACUUUGAGCGCAGAACCAAGUUCUUUGAGUGUGUUCUGUCUGGAGAAUUCAGCUGGACAGAUGAAGGUCACAGAGAAGUUCUCAGGUCCAUGCUGAUGACAGGAUGUGAUCUGGGUGCAGUUACUCGUCCUUGGAAGAUAUCCAAACAGGUUGCAGAGCUGGUGACGAGUGAGUUCUUUGAACAAGGUGACAGAGAGAGGUCUGAGCUAAAGUUGACCCCAGCAGCCAUAUUUGACCGCAACCGCAAAGAUGAACUCCCUGCCUUACAGCUGGAGUGGAUAGAUGGGAUAUGUAAACCUCUUUACCAGGCACUGCUGAAGCUCAACAGGAAGUUGCAGCCGAUGGUCGAUGGCAUAGAGGCCAAUCGGAGUAAAUGGCAGGAUCUCUGCUCAUCCUACCAGGAGACACGUAGAGCCUCAGUAUCCAAUCAGAGCCCAGAGCCCAGAGAAGACUCAGAGAGAAAUCAACUCCCAGACUCCACAGGGACUCUGAUGCCAGUUGCACACACCAAGUCUGGGUCAAAGUCUAAGUGCAGCCAGGAUCUGAGGUGCAGAGUGGGCAAAGGUUCCUGUGGCGAUUAAGCAGCAUCUUCUGCCAACAUAACAUCUGCAGGAAAGAAGAAAAUCAAGCUAAGUGUUAAGUGAAGGUUUAUCCAUUAAGUGGCUGACAUGGGACUCUUCCCAUACCCUGUGAUUUUUGGACACAUGCACUACCCUGACAUGAUUUUUAAAAAUCUGGGUAAAUUAAAUGCAGUCUUCAUCUGCUGAGCACAUAGCUUCUGCCAAGUGUCACUGUGUUAAACUCAGGAGUGUGAAUUCUCGUUCGUCAAACUCUAUUUAAAGGGCAGUUUCCCAUUUCUUUUUCUUUCUUUCUUUCUUUCUUUCUUUCUUUCUUUCUUUCUUUCUGCUUUUCAUUACUUAGAUGUAAAAGAAUGAGAGACAGCUGUUGAAACCAAAGAGGGCCACUUAUUACUGUAAUGUUUUGUAAUGGAAACUGCCUCAAAAUUACAAGCCAAUUGGACGCCUUUACAAAGCAAAAAAGGAAUCACUGUGAUUUCUCUCACAUAAAAACACAAAUUGCCAUAACGAAUGUAGACCGGAGCAUGAUCUUGUUGUGUUUUGUAGUUAUGUUGAAACUGCAUGUAUCAUUGAUACACUGAAUGUUGAUACUGGACAUUAUCUUGAUGCCUUUGACUGCCCUAUGAGAUUUGCUUUGCAUGAAAUUACUGUAAGGGAAAUACUAAGUGUUGUUAUGUAAGAGUAUUGUCGCUGCACUAUUGCUGUUGAGAACAGAUACAGAUUUCUAUUUUCGAUCACAGACUGUACCAAACUUAUACAUUCAUUAUUUUUCAUACAUCUGACUCUAUAUUUAUGCAAGAUGUAGAAUUGGCUUUUUCUCCUGCUAUUUAUAAAUUGUUCACUAAAAAAGACAAGAAAGUGCUGCAUUUCAGAUAAAAGGGAGUGAAUCAAUCUCCAGCUGGUUUUGUGAAUAAAAUGUGGCAUGAAAACUGA